AGACCAGAGAGAGAGAGAGAGGGGGGGGGGGGAGAUAGUGGGAGGCUGCAGAUAUCGAUGGCAUUAACAAUGGAGCGUUAGGAUCCAGUAAGGUGUUAUAGUCAGCCAUACAGCGGCUGGGGGUAAAGAUAUUUGAGGAGGGGGGCUCCUCCUCGGUGAGCACAGGGGGAGGAGGAGGAGGUGGGAGGAGGAUGGGCCUCGAACACAGACUUGCAAUGGCACUGCAAAAAUUGGAUUAAAGCAGUAUGCUGGAAAAGAGCGAAGUGACAACUCUAGGCCUACCCUCCACCACCAGCCAUGGAGGCUCUGACAGUAACAUCAGUGCGGACGGAGCGGCAGCAGCAGCAUCGGGGGUCAUGGCCUGCGGGGGUGCAGAGGGUUUUGGGGUCGUAGAGCCACAGCGGACACGUGCUGCGUUGGAGCAUCUGCAGCAGAAGAUCCUGAAGGUCACCGAGCAGAUCCGUGUGGAGCAGGAAGCCCGAGACGACAAUGUUGCAGAGUACCUGAAGUUGGCCCACAACGCAGACAAACAGCAGGCAUCUAGGAUCAAGCAGGUGUUUGAGAAGAAGAACCAGAAGUCAGCACAGACCAUCGCACAUUUGCACAAGAAACUAGAGCACUAUCACAAGAAGCUUAAGGAGAUAGAACAGAAUGGACCGGCCCGGCAGCCCAAAGAUGUCCUUCGGGACAUGCAGCAGGGAUUAAAGGAUGUUGGGGCCAAUGUUCGUGCUGGGAUAAGUGGUUUUGGAGGUGGAGUAGUUGAAGGGGUCAAAGGUGGAGUGUCUGCCUUCACUCACACAGCUGUGGUCUCCAAGCCGAGAGAGUUUGCCAGUCUUAUCAGGAACAAGUUUGGCAGUGCCGAUAACAUUGCUCACCUUAAGGACUCACUCGAGGACGGAGUUGGGGGACACUCCGAGGACACCCCGACACCUCGUGCACUGAGUGGAAGUGCCACUCUGGUCUCCAGCCCGAAAUACGGCAGCGACGACGAGUGCUCCAGCGCCACGUCGGGCUCCGGAGUGGGCAGUAAUUCUGGUGGGGCAGGGGGCGGGGGAGGAGGCCUGUUAGGACCAACCAUGGGGAGCCCCAGACUGGACGGGCACCAUCACCACCACCAUCACAUGCACAGCUCUUGGGACUCUCUACUUGAGGGCCUACAGGAGAUCAAAGCCAGCCAGGCGCACAUGGAGGAUGCCAUCGAGGACAUGAAGGGCCAGCUGCAGAGUGACUACUCCUACAUGACUCAGUGCCUGCAAGAAGAAAGAUACAGGUAUGAGCGACUUGAAGAACAACUGAAUGACUUAACAGAGCUGCACCAGAAUGAGAUGACUAACCUUAAACAGGAGCUCGCCAGCAUGGAGGAAAAAGUCGCCUACCAGUCGUACGAGCGAGCACGAGACAUUCAGGAGGCAGUAGAGUCGUGCCUGACCCGCAUCACCAAGCUGGAGCUGCAGCAGCAACAGCAGCAGGUGGUCCAGUUGGAGGGAGUGGAGAACGCCAAUGCACGAGCUCUGCUGGGCAAACUCAUCAACAUCAUCCUGGCGCUCAUGGCCGUGCUGCUGGUCUUUGUCUCCACCAUGGCCAACUUCAUCACCCCGCUGAUGAAGACCCGAGCCCGGGUGGCCGCCACCGUCCUGCUGACCUUGCUGCUGUUCGUCCUGUGGAAGCAGUGGGACUUUGUGGAGCUGUGGUUGCUGCCCAGCUGAGCCCCCUGAGAGAGAGACUCCAGUGGGGGCCAGAGCAGAGAGUCACAAACUCAGUCACCACCACUGAAGGAUUCAGAGGCUGAAAUAAAAUGAGGGCCACUUUGAGUGUGAAGGUUGAGCAUCUGAGGACAAAACAUGGCACUAUUGGACGAGGAGUGUCCUGCAGAGAGUGUUGGGGGGUGUUUACAGUGAAAAAGAACAGAAAGUCUCUGCCCGCCAAGCGAGAAUAGACAUCGUCUCAUCAAAUCUGUUGGUGUUGAUGACCAAUCAUCGAUUGCAUUGCUGUCACCCAAAAACUGAGUUUCUUUCAAGAAAUCUUUGGAUCAUCUUUUUCUAAUGAUUUAUUAUACACGAAUUACAAAGACUAGAGAAACUUAAUGACUAAAAUGCUGAUCAUGUUCGCCGUAACCUUCAUGUUGAAGCUUUAGUAUAUUUGAGAGGACAAAGUUGUUUUUUUUCAUGAAUGUUAUGUGCUCAUGCAUGUGUUCAUAUGUGCACUAAGAUGCAUCUAGCUGGCAUGAGUUAACGUUUCAUUAUGACCAAAUGAAUCUUCUGUAACUGCCGUUUUGUUGUCAGAAAUACACUGUAGAUAUGUUAUAUCUCAACUCAGUGUCACUCCUGGUUUGUUUCACAUCCUGUUCUGGUGGGGCUUUUAGACACAAUUGUCUUUUUGUCUUUUUCCUGAAGUUGAACAAACUGUGUUUGUUUUUUUAACGCUGAUAUCUGCAAGAAAUUCACCUUACUAUUUCAACUAUGUGAAAUCUGUUCUGUUCUUAAAUGCUAUUUCAUAACCACUAUUAUAGGACUGCUACUAAUCCACAAUGUCAAAUUAACUGGCAUGUCAAGUUGUAUUAAAGUUUAUAUCCAGUUUGCAAAAAA